AUGCAGCGGUUGCAGCAGCAGCAGAAACAGCAGGAUCAGCAGCAAACACUGCAGCAACAGUUGCAGCAACAGCAACAGCUGCAGCAACAGCUGCAGCAACAGCAGCAGCAGAAAGAGCAACAGCAGCAGCAGCAGCAACAGCGGCAGCAACAGCAGCAGCAGCAGCAGGAAGAGCAGCAGCACAGUCGCACCUGUUGCAUUCCAUGGGGGCUGCAGCAACAGCAGAAACAGCAGGAUCAGCAGCAAACACUGCAGCAACAGCUGCAGCAACAGCAACAGCUGCAGCAACAGCAACAGCUGCAGCAACAGCAGCAGCAGGAAGAGCAACAGCUGCAGCAACAGCAACAGCUGCAGCAACAGCAGCAGCAGCAGCAAGAAGAGCAGCAGCACAGUCGCACCUGUUGCAUUCCAUGGGGGCAGCAGCAGCAACAGCAGCAGCAACAGCAGCAGCAGCAACAACAACAGCAGCAGCAACAACAGCAACAGCACCAGCAGCAACAGCAGCAACAGCAACAGCAACAGCAACAGCAGCACGAGCAGACAGACAGGUCACCACCAACCGUUGUAGAGGUAUCCCCACCAGUACCACCAGCAGCUGCUGCAGCUGCAGCAGGAGCAGCAGCAGCAGCAGCAGGAGCAGCAGCAGCAGAAGCUGCUGCUGCUGCUGCAGGGAGAGAUGCAAGCGGAGAACAAUAA